UCAGCUGCUUGUUGCAGGUUGGUUGUAGUUGGUUUACUUUGGUGUAGCCUAAAAGAAUGGGUCCCUCUCUUUCCCCUUUGGCUUUGAUAUUCCUGCUAGCUUGUUUCGCUGGUUCUGUCUUUCAGGGUAAUGGCUUUCCUUUCCAUCACAGCAACCCUUUUCGCCACCAUCACCCUCGCUUUACCAAGCACAACUACAGAGAUGCUCUUACCAAAUCAAUAAUUUUUUUUGAAGGCCAGAGGUCAGGGAGGCUUCCUUCUAACCAAAGGAUUACUUGGAGGAGAGACUCUGGCCUCUCAGAUGGUGCAGCCAUGCAUGUUGAUUUGGUUGGAGGAUACUAUGAUGCCGGGGACAAUGUGAAGUUUGGGUUCCCCAUGGCCUUCACCACCACCAUGCUCUCAUGGAGUGUAAUUGAAUUUGGUGGGUUGAUGAAAGGAGAGUUACAAAAUGCCAAACAAGCCAUCCGUUGGGCUACUGAUUACUUACUCAAAGCAACUGCACAUCCAGACACCAUUUAUGUUCAGGUUGGUGAUGCAAACAAGGACCAUUCUUGCUGGGAAAGACCAGAAGACAUGGACACUCCAAGAAGUGUUUUCAAAAUAGACAAAAACUCUCCUGGUUCUGAUGUAGCAGCGGAAACUGCUGCUGCUCUUGCAGCUGCCUCUUUGGUCUUCAGAAGAAGUGACCCCACUUACUCCAAGCUUUUGGUUAGGAGGGCUAUCAGGGUGUUUGAGUUUGCUGAUAAGUACAGAGGACCCUAUAGCAAUGGACUGAAGAAAGUUGUAUGCCCAUUCUAUUGCUCUUAUUCUGGUUAUCAGGAUGAACUGUUGUGGGGUGCCGCUUGGCUGCACAGAGCAACCAAGAACCCAACCUACCUAAAUUACAUUCAGGUCAAUGGGCAGACUCUUGGAGCUGCAGAGUUUGACAACACAUUUGGAUGGGAUAACAAGCAUGUUGGAGCAAGAAUUCUUCUUUCCAAGGCAUUUCUUGUUCAAAGACUGCAAUCUCUCCAUGAUUACAAGGGCCACGCAGAUAAUUUCAUUUGCUCGCUCAUACCAGGGGCCCCAUUCUCUUCAGCUCAAUAUACUCCAGGUGGGCUCCUGUUUAAGAUGAGUGAUAGCAACAUGCAGUACGUGACUUCUACUUCAUUCCUGCUUCUAACCUAUGCCAAGUACUUAACCUCUGCCCACCAGGUUGUUAACUGCGGUGGCACCAGGGUCACCCCAAAGAGGCUCCGAACCAUUGCCAGGAAACAGGUGGACUAUCUGCUAGGGGACAACCCCUUGAAGAUGUCCUACAUGGUGGGAUACGGUCCCCGGUACCCACAAAGGAUACACCACAGGGGCUCAUCUCUGCCGUCCGUUGCAAAGCACCCAGCCAAGAUCCAAUGCUCCGCAGGCUUUCUUUUCAUGAAUUCUCAAUCGCCCAACCUCAACAUUCUGGUGGGUGCAGUCAUUGGUGGGCCAGACCAGCAUGACAGGUUCCCAGAUCAACGGUCAGAUUAUGAGCAGUCAGAACCAGCAACGUACAUCAACGCACCCCUUGUAGGAGCGUUAGCUUACCUUGCUCAUUCUUACGGUCAGCUUUAGGGGCCCUAUUACUUCUAUAGCUUCAUCAGUAACUUUAACAGAUUUAGGUGUUUGAAAUGUCUUCUUUUUAAUCAUUUUAAAAUGUUAAAAAGUUCUAUUAAUAUUUCCUCCUCUGGGAAGUGCACGAAGCGUCAAGGCAAAUAGGGUCGAGACCAAAGGCUCGAGCCCCAAACAGUGAAGGCUGAAGCACACUUGUCAAGAAUGCAGUCUGGUGGGGGUUAUUUAUAUAUAUUAUUAGUGUUGAGUGUUAACAGCUUUUAGCUUUUGGUAUGAGUGGAUAUGGCGCGCCAAGAACGGCGUUUUAUUGUAAUUGUAAUGGUGGCAAGCUCAAGCCGUUACGGGGCUCUGGGCUCCAAUUAUAGGCCGUUAUGGGGCUUUGCUUUUUUCUCUAUAUUUUUUUCAUCUUGUUUUGGAAUUUGUGAUAUGUCUACAUGCGUUUAACAUGCAAAGCCUUUAGCCUUUAGUAGGGCCAAGAUGUUGGCUGAGACCAUUAAAUGUGGGAUUCCAACCAAGAAAUAACAGACAACAACAACCGGAGGCUAGGUAAAUUUUUACCGUUGUAGCUUUAAUGGGAAACGAGUAUUUGACCGUUGAAAAGGUGCGGUGAAGUUGAAUGGAAAGAAGGCAGAUCAGGAAAGAAAGAUUUUGUUCGAACACGUGACGUUGUUCCCGUAAAUCGCGGUCAAACAAGCUGAGUUUUUUCCAGCUACUGUCAGGAGUAGCUUAGCGUGCUAGAUGAACCACAGCCCCCCCCCACCCCAAAAAAUUAUAUAUAUAGUUGCAACUGGUUUGAUGGUAGGCACGAAAAUCCUAAAGACAUUCUCACUGUCGCCCAUAAAGUGCUUCUAAAACAAAGAUUGUUUUCGCAGGGUUCUUUUCCUUGGAAUUCAUUUUUUUAGUUUGGGCGUAAGUGGAUGACAAUAGUAAAUUAUGCAUAAAACGAUAUCAAAAGGUACUGACCAACUUCUGUGACAGCUACUACUUAAUACUCUUCCGAGUUCC